AUGUACGGGUUUACUCGAACGAAGAGCGUGACCGACCCGUUGGAUGAUAAAGCCAAGGCUCGGCUCAUCCAAUACGAACCCUGCCACGUCAGCAGCGGCAGUGAACACAGCGCCCAGGCCGACCCUGACAUCACCUCUCCGAUCCUCUCCGAGCUUUUCUAUGGUUUCACCGAGCCGAAGAACGACUCAGGCACUGACCUAGAUCCGCCGCCAAUGCGCGAUUCGAGCUUCGUCAAUGCAGAUUUGACGGAUGCUUUUGUAGUAGAUCUGACGGACGAAGACGAGUUCAGAAUCGCGCUCGAGGCUGAUGUAUUAAGAGCCCGCCAGGUGUUUUCCGGCGAGAUCAGCUCGGACAAACAGAUGGAGCGCCGGAGUGUGAUGGCGUUUUUGAGGAACCGCGGCUAUGAAGCGGCGGUCUGCAAGACCAAGUGGGAGAAGUCCGGCGAACUCGCCGCCGGAAGCUACGAGAUAAUCGACGUGGUGGCUGCAGCCGGGACGAGAUACCUGGUCGAUCUGGAUUUCGCGUCCGAAUUCGAAAUCGCGAGGCCGACGGAGGCUUACGAGCGCCUCCGGCGAGGGCUGCCGGAGGUCUUCGUCGGAAGGGGGGAGUAUCUGAGAAGGAUUCUGAAGGCGAUGAGCGGUGCCGCCAGGCGGUCGCUCAAGAGCGGUGGCCUCCACUUGCCGCCGUGGAGGAAGUAUCAGUAUAUGCGGCUCAAAUGGCUUGGCCCUUACCGCCGGACGACGAACCUGUUGCCGGCGUCGUUUUGUGCGGGGUACAGGAGUUUUGACGCAGUUUGUUGUAGUCGCACAGUUGGGUUUGAUACGGCUGCUAACGGUGGUGGUCGUGCCGUGGUUGCCCGUGCGAAAUGA